AAUAUUACCAGCCCGGCUCUGGCCAUCCCUGCCUAGCCGGGGCUGGUGCUUUCGCACUGCGUGCUGGAGAGUCGCUGCCGCAGCGCGAGUGGCCGCUCAGUGUUCGGGUCGCCAUGGCAGGUUACGAAUACGUGAGCUCGGAGCAGCUGGCUGGCUUUGAUAAGUACAAGUACAGUGCUGUAGAUACCAAUCCACUCUCUCUGUAUGUCAUGCAUCCAUUUUGGAACACUAUAGUAAAGGUAUUUCCUACUUGGCUGGCUCCAAAUCUGAUAACUUUUUCUGGCUUUCUGCUGGUUGUAUUCAAUUUCCUACUUCUGGCAUACUUUGAUCCUGACUUUUAUGCUUCAGCACCAGGUCACAAACAUGUUCCUGGCUGGGUGUGGAUUGUGGUGGGCAUCCUCAACUUCGUUGCCUACACUCUAGAUGGUGUGGAUGGAAAGCAAGCCCGCAGAACCAAUUCCAGCACCCCGUUAGGGGAGCUUUUUGACCAUGGCCUAGAUAGUUGGUCAUGUGUUUACUUUGUUGUCACUGUGUAUUCCAUCUUUGGACGAGGACCUUCUGGUGUCAGUGUUUUUGUUCUUUACCUGCUGCUAUGGGUUGUUUUGUUUUCUUUCAUCCUGUCCCACUGGGAAAAGUAUAACACUGGGGUUCUUUUCCUGCCAUGGGGAUACGACAUUAGCCAGGUGACUAUUUCUUUUGUCUACAUAGUGACUGCGAUUGUGGGAGUUGAGGCCUGGUAUGAACCUUUCCUGUUUAAUUUCUUAUAUAGAGACCUAUUCACUACAAUGAUUAUUGGUUGUGCAUUAUGUGUGACUCUUCCAAUGAGUUUAUUAAACUUUUACAAAAGCUGUAAAAAUAACAGCUUGAAACACAAUUCGAUCUAUGAAGCUCUGGUCCCCUUCUUUUCUCCAUGUUUGCUAUUCAUUUUGUCUACAGCCUGGAUUCUCCAGUCACCUUCCGAUAUUUUAGAGAUGCACCCUCGAGUAUUCUACUUUAUGGUUGGAACAGCCUUUGCCAAUAUCACAUGUCAGCUGAUUGUUUGUCAAAUGAGCAACACCAGAUGUCCAACUUUGAAUUGGUUGCUGGUUCCUCUCUUCUUGGUUGUCGUGGUGGUAAACUUAGGAGUCGCCUCUUAUAUUGAGAGCAUUCUCCUAUAUACAGUAACAGCUGCUUUCACUCUGGCCCACAUCCAUUAUGGAGUACGAGUGGUAAAGCAACUGAGCAGCCAUUUUCAGAUUUACCCGUUCUCAUUGAGGAAACCCAACUCAGAUUGACUAGGAAUGGAAGAAAAGAACAUUGGCCUGUAAUCUACAGAAAGAAGUACUGUAAAUACGAUGCUUGUAAAUAUUUCAUCUAUCACCAUUGAACUAAACUGAUCUGCUUAACAGACAUGGGAACUCUGUGUGUGGUACUUGUACAGCAAGAAUGAUAUAUAUAAUCUGAAAUGUGGAAUUUUGAACCUACUAACUCCCACCUUAUUUUAUUUUUUAUUAAACCAUGUGAUGUUUUGGGGAAGCCUAAUGUACAUGAGACCAGCAAAUGUUUUUAGUGAUUUUAACCUCCUGAGUCCAUAAUGUUUUUGGUUCAUACAGAGUUAAAGAUGCUUUAUUUUUAUUAUUUAAAACAGCCCCAAAUUGGUUUAAAACACUGAUGAUGUUCAGAAAACCACAGUAUGUUUUCAUAUUUGGUACUUAGUAAGAGGCCGUUGGCUCUGGAAGCUAUCAGUAGUCCACAUCCAACAUCAGGAAAAGAGAAGAGCAAGUCACCUUCAGCAAGAGAUGCCAAAUGAUUACAGAACAAUAUGACGGUUUGCCAAUAUACUGGUUUCUCUUUCCCAUGGAAAUGCCUUUGUCCUCCUGUGCUAAGAGAGCUAGGAUAUACGUUUAGAUUCUCUAAUAUUCUGGCUCUCUUUGUGAGGGAGCAGAGCGUGGUAAAUGGUUUAGUUUCCUUUUAAAGAAAAACAUUCUAUUGAGACUCAGUAGAGAGUGGAUUGUAACUGUAGCUCACCCAUGGGCAUGGUUCAUUGUUUCAGUGUGGCAUUCCCCCCCCCUCGGCUAUAGUUGCUGAGAUUUGGUGCCUGAGAACUGAUUAAGUGAAUGCAUGUGCCAGUGUGAGUCUGAUGGUAGUGACUUGCGAGGAGCACAGAUGAACUUCCUUCUUGGAGAAAUGGGCUUUGGAGCCAGGAUUCUCACGAGCCUCACUAUGAAAUGACUGCUGGGAACCUCACUACAAAGUUAGUUUUGUAAUUCAGUUUGUCCUUCUUUCCUUCCUCUCUGCCUGUGGAGGAGCGAGUGCUGUAUUUUUUAUUUUAUUCAGGAUAAAGAAGGAGAGAGAAACCCUCUCUUCUCCAGCUUGCCCACCUUCCCACUUGAAGAAAUUUUUUUAAUAUAUGCCUUACUGAGUAUGUACUCUCUUUAAUAAUACCUGGAACAAUUUUUGAGGUUUACGGACAAGCAUCAAAAUAGAUCACACCUUUCCAUGAAUGUAGAUAUUUUCUUCUUCUUCUUUUUUUUUUUUACUUUGUCUCCAUUUACUUUGGUGGUGGUGAAAUUUACUCCCUGAUUUUCUUUUAUUUUUCACUGAAUGAAGUUUGUGCUUGAAUGAAGAGUGUAUCUUAAACCCUUUUUUUGGAUGGAUUGCACUUGGAUAAAAUAGGCACCACUGUGUUGAUAUGUAAUUAAUUUCAUAACCAUUAUUUAUCUAGGAAUGUGACCAUUUUAAAAUUUAAUUAUAUAGUGUAUUUCUUGGUUGAAUGUCUGCUGCUUUGUAAAAAUAACUAUGUAAUUGAUAUUUCAGUUCCUAAAUUUGCAAAUUCUAAUAAUUGUCAUCUAGGUCAUUAGACAUGAAGAGUCAAGGAGCUGAUCUCAUGGUUCUGUACUCAUUUUUAAAAAUGUUUGUAAAGGUUGAGGUAUAUUCAGUGACUUUCUCUGAAACAAAAAUGAACACUGAAAAUAGGUGAGAAAUUGAUGCUGUAAAAUGUGGGUAGUGAUUCCAUGUUUGUUGAUAAGUUGCCAUCAUAGAGGUCAGAGAAUGAAUUAGUUAAGUGAGGGGAAUGCU